AUGGGUAGAUCGGCGCUGCAGAUGACAACAUCUUCUUCACUGGGUGGUGACUUUGGUGGAUGGUCCGCCUUGCUGAUGAUCUGGACGUGGGAGCGAUUUUCUCAUACAUCACACUACUACAUGCGGAGACGGGUGCGCAGAUUACUCAGGACGCAGUGCCACGUGGCCUUCGAUGGCUUCCGGCCCACACCCGUCAGCAUGGAGAUCAGUUCUACCUGUACAAGCUGUGGUUUGACGAGUGCACGACAUUCGUGGUUAGUAUAUAACAUUUCGUUUUAUAGAAUAGUUUUAAUUGAUUUGUUAUAG